UUAUGCUGGGAAAACUAGGCUAAACCAGAGCCGUUUGGAGCCAACUGGGACGUGUGGCCACCUUAUGGAUGGGUGCUAGGAAAGUGGGUGAAUUUACCGCGGGAAAGAAUGCUGAUGAAAAGAAGGAAGAAGUCGAACACUGGGCCUUGAGAAAGACCAACGUUUGGGGAAUUGCUGGAGAAAGAGAACUCACAGAGGAUCCGGGAAGGUGAGCGAGGAGAGGAGGGUGGCAGACUCUCCAGCAGUUUUUCUGAGGGCAGUGAUCGCCGGUGGUCCAGCCCCUGGAGCUGUGAAUGCUGCGGAUUCGACAAGGACCAAGAAAUGGCCAUUGAAAGGAGCAACAAGGAAAUCAAUGGUGACUUACUGACAAACAUCUCUUUGGUUUGAUGGACUUGGAAGCCAAAUUAAAGUUAAAAAAAAAAAAAGAGUGAGUGGGAGGUGAGGACCCAGGAGGCAGCCCUUUUAAGUAAGAAGUGACCUUGAAGGGGAGGCCAAAGAUAGGACUGUCCUGGAGGUGGAGUCCAAGAAGUUUCCUUUCUUUCUUGAAGAAAGAUACUGGAAUGUAUCUAAUGCUGCCGGCCGGAGCCAGGCUGAGGAGCCUGAAGGAGUGGAAUGCAUAAUUACCCCCUCGCCGGGGACAUCUGGAGCAGUGCCCGAGGAGGCCUGAGGCCGGCCACCUGAGCGAGGGUUCCCGCUGCGUCUGAGGAGCUCUCUGCAGACCCACCUGCGUGCAAGAAAGGAGCUGGGCCACUGGACCUGCGCAUCAUGGCCCAGCUGCAGUCCUCUGAAGUGCAGCAGCUGCUCCACAACAAGUUCGUCGUCAUCCUGGGAGACUCCAUCCAGAGGUCCGUGUACAAGGACCUGGUGCUCCUGCUGCAGAAGGAUUGCCUGCUCACUUUCGACCAGCUCAAGGUCAAGGGGGAGCUGAGCUUCGAGCAGGACAAGCUGGUGGAGGGAGGCAAGAAGGACAUCAUGACCAACAGCACCGACUACCGCGAGGUCCGCGAGUUCUGCACCGGCCACCACCUGGUGCGCUUCUACUUCCUCACACGCGUGUACAAUGAGUACGUCCGGGCCGUGUUGGAAGAGCUGCGGUCCCACGAGCACACGCCGGACCUGGUCAUCAUGAACUCCUGUCUCUGGGACAUCUCCAGGUAUGGGCAGGACUGCUUUAGCAGCUACCGGGCGAACCUGGAGAACCUGUUCCGGCACCUGGGCCAGGUGCUGCCGAAGUCAUGCCUCCUGGUGUGGAACACGGCCAUGCCCCUGGGCAGGAAGGUCACGGGGGGCUUCCUCCCGAAAGAGCAGCCGGCCGUUUCCUCCGCCCGGAUUAAAAAGGUGAUCGAAGCCAACUUCUACAGCUAUGUCGAGGCGAAGAACCACAAUUUAGAUGUGUUGGACUUGCAUUUCCACUUCCGCCACGCGGAGAUGCACCGGCACGGAGACGGGGUACAUUGGAACCAUCACGCGCACCGCCGCCUCUCGCAGCUGCUGCUGGCCCAUGUGGCCGACGCUUGGGGUGUGGAGCUGCCUCACCGCCCACCAGUGGGCCAGUGGAUCAAGUGUGACCCUGCAAGGGGCCGAUCUAAACAGAGACUUGAAGGGCAGUCCCAGAGCAGCAGAAACCUAAGGGCCUUACCCCCACCCGCAUCGUUGCCUCUUCCCAGGCACAGCCCCCUGCUGCCACUCCCAGCUCCCCGCCCACCCCUGUCCCCACUCCUGCCCUCACCGCCUCUUCCCGUUCCCUGUCACCCGGCCAUGCACCCCCAGGUCUUGCUCUGUCCCCAAGAUACCUACUUUUCCUCAGACCAACCUUUCCAGUCUGGUCAGUUCUUCUUCAGCAAUUUCCAUUCUCCCCAGACAGGAUUUGACGUAGGAAAUGACUUUGUGUUUGAUCCCCAGCCGCCAAGGGCCCCCUUCCCCACGCCCUAUUAUCAGCAGCCGGCCCCUGUGGUUCAUAGGGGUUUUCCCCGGAGUCUACCUCCUGGCCCUUAUACGUCCUGGAGACAGGUGCCCAAACUUUACAGGAAGCAAGCCCAAGGCUACCCAGAGCCAAGGCCUCAUUAGACUGACUUGUGCCUUUUUCCUCAUCAUGGACAUGGACUUGACAGGUCAUCUGACCGCUGCCUAAACUGACCCAUUUUGUUAACAGAAGCCAUUGAGCCACAUUGGACUUCUUUUGGUUCUUUGCUAUUACCUGUUGUUAGCUAUGGCCUCUUCCUCCAUGCUCUGGGGGUGACCACGUGUUAUUCCUGCCUCCCCACCCCCUGUUCUCUUUGUCUUUUUGUAAACAGAAAAUUGAAAUU